CUAAAUUAUCAGUGGAAGAUGUAAAAAGAAAAUGGACAUGAAUUGGUGCAUUUUCGGUGUUAUCAACCAAAAGUGUAGUGCGAAACGAAGUAAGAAAAGAAAUUCGAAUGAAGCAUUUCGUCAAACAGUUGUGUGUAUCAUCUCCCAUGGCCACAACCUUCUCGCCUAUCUUCUACGCCUCCAUUGCUCCUAAAACUCGCACGUCAUUCCCAGGUCUUAAAAAUGCGCCUUCAUGGAGUGCGUCCUCGAACUAUGCCAAGCUCCGGAUGGCGGCGGCAGGGGUUUCUGCGAAACCUUUAUUUAUCAAGCACGCAGUAAAGGAGAGAAUGGGAGUGCGGUGCGCCACUCUCGAGGAAAUUGAAGCAGAGAAGUCGAUGAUUGAAGAAGAUGCUAGAGAAAGGAUGGAGAAGACUAUUGAAAAGGUCAAGUCCAGUUUCAAUUCGAUUAGGACAGGAAGGGCAAAUCCAGCUAUACUAGACAAAAUUGAGGUAGAGUAUUAUGGAACACCAGUUGUUUUGAAGAGCAUAGCUCAGAUAAGUACUCCAGAUGCAAGUUCCAUAUUGGUGCAGCCCUACGACAAAUCCAGCUUGAAGUCUAUAGAGAAAGCAAUUAUUGAUUCUGACCUUGUGAUGACUCCAAAUAAUGAUGGAGACGUUAUUAGGUUGUCUAUACCACAACUCACAUCAGACAGGAGGAAGGAGUUGUCAAAGGUUGUGGCUAAGCAGGCUGAAGAAGGCAAGGUUGCCAUAAGGAAUAUUAGAAGAGAUGCCAUCAAAUCUCAUGAGAAGCUUGAGAAGGAGAAGAAGCUCUAAGAGGAUAAUGUGAAGGACCUAUCUGAUGAUUUGCAGAAAGUGACGGAUGAGUACAUGAAGAAGAUUGAAUCAAUCUUCAAACAAAAAGAGAAGGUAUAUCUCCUUGCAUCGUCUUUUCUUGCUUGUAAGUAUGAUAGUUUGGAACUACAGACUCCUACCACUCUGCACUGGGAGGCAGGGGAGUCACUCGUUUCCUGCAGGGUGGAACGUCUAGUAAACGAAAUUGCAUCCUUAUAAUAACAUCUAUUCUCUCCUUGUACGACAAGGUCCAAAUUCUCUCUAUAGACGGGUCUAAUGUAUGCUUUUGUGUUAUCAAUUCGACCAUAUCAACUUCUUGGUCAUCA